CCUCCUCCUCCCUUUCUUCCUCCUCCUCCACCAUAGGUCAAGAUGCGUGUGUUGCUGGUGUUGUGUGCGUUGCUGGGGUUAUUGGUCACAUGUGAUGCCUUAGCGAUCCUUCCUGUAGCUGGUCUGCCUCUGGUGGCCCCGGGAGCACUCGGAGCAUUACCAGUGGCUUCCCUCCUCAGUCUCCAGGCUGCCGUCAUCCUCGCCUUUGUUAAAGAAUUUUCCGGGAAGGAAAAAAAGUCUAGCCCCAAGAGGUCUUUUGCUCCCCGAUCACCUUUCUACGGCUCUCGGAAGUCCUCUUACAGCUCUUACGAUGGUCCCGUCUACCGCCGCCAGAAGCGAGCCAUCUUGCAGGCGAUGGAAGAGGUUGAACAGGGCGAGAAGCUGUUGCUGUCAGCCGCCACUCACCUGGACACUGACGGCUGUGUACUGAAGCUCCUGUGUCACCUGAACAACAAACAGGUAGAUGCUCGUACGCUAGAGGAAACCGUCCUCCUCCAAAUGUUCUCCGACAACCUGGAGACCAUGUCCUCCUACAACACCGCCUUCAAAAAUGCCACUGAGGCUGAGCAGGGCGUGUGUGACCAUGUGUUGACACAGUGUCCCCUGGGGGAGGAGGAGCUGGGUAAUGUUAUGCGACAGACGUGGAGCUGUGCGAGCCUCAGCCUCUAAUAAUGUUAAUCAUUCAAUCAUCUUACACAAUAUCAUCACCUACAAUUCACCAUAUUUUACAUAUCAUUAUAAGAAUGUUGUAUAAUCCACAUUCUUCGCUUCUUUCUCUCGUUUUGUUGUCCUUCACCUUUAAGUUCUAUUCGUUUGUAACUUUUUGUCUAUGUAUAUGAAAUAUAAUCCCUAUGGGACAGUAACCACUUCAGAUGCUAUUAUUUCAACUGAUUAUAUGUACUGAGUCAAUAAUA